AUGUUCCUAACCGCCCAACUAAGCGCUGCUCUCAUACUGGCAGUAGCCAACGCCGCCCCUUUCCAUGGGAUCCACCUGAGGCAGACUGAGCUCCUCGACAGCUAUGACUAUGUGAUCGUGGGAGGAGGUGCCAGCGGUCUCACGGUGGCAAACAGGCUCUCUGAGGACAGUGCCAUCUCAAUCCUGGUCAUCGAGGCUGGCGAGUUCGAUGCAAAUGAGGACUUCUUCACCAUCCCUGGUCUGGCCGGAGGAGCGAUUGGCAGCAAGUACGACUGGAACACAACAUACACGGCAAACCCGAACCUGGGGAACCGUUCAGUCUCUAUCCCACAGGGGAAGAUCGUCGGAGGUGGCACAAAACUGAACCGAAUGGUCUUCGACCGUGGAUCAAAGUCAGACUUUGACCGAUGGGCUGAGCUGGGAAACCCUGGGUGGGAUUACGAUGGCCUCUUCCCCUACUUCAAGAAGCAAGAGUUCUUCUCACCGCCCAGCGAUGAGAUUGUUCAGCAGUGGGGUGUUGAAUUCGACCCAGAGUCUCAUGGUGACUCUGGGAACAUCAACGUCACCUACUCACCCUUCUUCUGGCCCCUGACACGUAACAUCAUUGAUGCCACCAACGAGUUGGGCAUCACUAUUCAAAAAGACCAGGCCUCUGGACUUCCCAUUGGAGGCUACUUCUGCCCUCACAACAUCGACCUUGCCAAUGUCACAAGAUCCUCUGCCCGGGAAGCCUACUACAACUCUGCUGAGGCAAGGACAAACCUGCACCUUGUCACUGGGCAGCACGUCACAAAGCUGGUCACGGCCAACAACUCGACGGGCUAUGGAGGAUCAUCAUCAGUUACAGUCACAGGUGUCGAGUUCGCCGCAUCGGCCGACGCAGCCAAGUCCACGGUCGGCGUCAGCAAGGAGGCCAUCCUGGCAGCCGGAGCAUUCUUCACGCCCCAGAUCCUGCAGGUGUCCGGAAUCGGUGACAGCAAACUGCACAGCGAGAUCGGCGUCGACACGGUCAUCGACCUCCCCGCCGUGGGCCACAACCUCGAGGACCACGUCCUCCUGACGACCGUCGCCACCGUGACCACCGACGAGAUCACCUCUUCCGAACUCACCAGCAACACCACCUUCGCCGCCGAGGCCCUUGCCGAGUACCGCGAUCAGAAGACGGGCCCCUACUCGUCGCCCACCGGCGACUUCCUGCUGUUCCUGCCCCUGAACACGUACAGCAACGCCUCCGCCCUGAUCGCCUCCAAGGCCGCCGCCCAGGACGGCACGCAGUACCUCCCCGCCGACACCCCCGCCGAGGUCGCCCUCGGCUACAAGAAGCAGCAGGCCAUCCUGGCCGAGAAGCUGACGUCCAACGAGUCCGCCGUCCUCGAGCUCAUCUGGGACGCGGGCGUGCUCGUCCUGGGCCUGCAGCACCCCUUCUCCCGCGGCAGCGUCAAGGCCUCCAGCAGCAGCACCUUCGACCUCCCCGUCACGAGCGCGGGCCAGCUCGCCAACCCGGUCGACCUGCAGCUCCUCGUCGAGGCCGUCAAGUUCAGCCGCGUCGUCCGCAACACCGCCGCCGUCCAGGCCCUGCAGCCCUUCGAGGUCCUCCCGGGGGCCAACGUCACCAGCGACGCCGACAUCGAGUCGUUCAUCCGCCAGAACGCCGCCACCCUGUUCCACCCGGCCGGCAGCUGCAAGCUCGGCCCCCGCGAGGAGGGCGGUGUUGUUGGCACUGACCUCAAGGUCUACGGCUCGGCCAACCUGCGCGUCGUGGACUCGAGCGUGAUCCCUCUGCUCCCUGCUACGCACAUCAUGACGACCGUUUUCGGCGUUGCUGAGAAGGCCGCCGAUAUCAUCAAGGGCGUUACGGCUUAA